UUUCUUACGCAGUAUUAUAACCUGCGCACAAUUAUAUUAGCGCGCAUUUAUUAUAACGCAUCAAUUGCGCAUUACUUUUGAUUGACCGUGUGACGUCACAAUGCUUAUCAGUUGACCACUGAUACGUCUGGGAAAACGGCCUGCAUUCUUUAGAUUUACGGUGCUGGACUAUCAUACAUAAGGAUGGCAACAAGAAUGAGCUUUCUCCUUAAAUAUCGAAAAGUUGGAGCUUUUUGCGCAGUGGUAGGAGGAGGGGUGAUCUGCCAUGGGGCUUACAAGACGAAGCACAACUUGGUUCUGGCCAAGACGACGUUGGGAUCAUCUGCUGCUGCUCAGGCUAAAGAACUCAUGGCAGAACCUAUCACAGAUCUGAGCAUUCUAGAAAAGGAGGAUAAAAUGAGAGCAAGGAUGGAGCUAUUCAUAAUGAAAACACAGGCCAAAAUCUGCAAAGCUCUAGAGGAAAUCGAAGGAGAGAAGAAGUUCAAGAUCGACAGAUGGGAAAGAGCCGAGGGAGGAGGAGGCAUCACUUGCAUCCUGGAAGAUGGGGAAGUCUUUGAGAGAGCUGGUGUUAACAUCUCAGUGGUACAUGGCAAGUUGUCGCCCAAAGCAGCCGCACAGAUGAGAGCAAGAGGGAAGCCCUUAACACCAGGCAAAGAACUCCCAUUCUUCGCUACAGGCAUCAGCUCAGUUGUACACCCACGCAACCCCAUGAUACCUACGCUACAUUUCAACUACCGCUACUUUGAAGUGGAGCAAGACGGGGAGUCCCAGUGGUGGUUCGGAGGGGGUACAGACCUGACCCCCUACUAUCUAGAUGAAGAAGAUGCGACCCACUUCCAUCGAACGCUGAAGGCAGCCUGUGACCUCCAUGACCCAGAGUACUACCCCAAGUUUAAGGAGUGGUGCGACAAUUACUUUGUAGUCGAACAUAGAGGAGAGAGAAGAGGUCUUGGCGGUAUAUUCUUUGACGACAUUGAUCAACCAACUCAAGAAAAGGCAUUCUCUUUUGUCAAAAGUUGUGCAACCGCCAUCCUGCCCUGCUACAUUCCCAUCAUUGACAAACACCAGAAAGAUCCCUACGGAUAUAAAGAAAGGCAAUGGCAGCUCUUGAGGAGAGGAAGAUAUGUAGAGUUCAACCUUGUAUAUGACCGUGGCACCAAGUUUGGCCUGUUCACCCCUGGAGCAAGGAUUGAGAGUAUUCUCAUGUCACUGCCUCAGACAGCGAAAUGGCAGUACAAGCACACACCACAAGAGGGCAGCAAAGAGGCCAAGUUGAUGGAAAUCCUGAAGAAUCCCAAGGACUGGGUCUGAGUGAAGAUUAUACUGACACAAUGUGCAAUCAUGAUUCCAAGACAUCAAACCAAUGAUUAAAGCCUCGUUCACACUUCACCUGGUAAACCGUCUGUAAGAGAAAAAAGUUGAGAUGGUAUUUUGAAAACGAUGUUGUCUUAUGUUUGUUUCUUUUACCCGACUGCUAAUAAAGCAUGUGUAUGGUUGUAAGUAAGCAACUAGGGGACGUAGGGCAUUAAGUCCUUACAGAGGGACUUGGUAAUGAGGAUGAAAGCCUUACCGAAGGGCAUUAGCGCAUUGACUUGGUUUCGAGAACACUCCUCUACCAUCGAGCCACGUGCCUCCUCCUUCUUGAUUAGAUUAGUAAAAUGAUGUUAAUUGCCAUGGCAGUUUACUGGGUCACGUGUGAAUGAGCUGAAUGAUACAAUUUACGUGAGAAUGAUUAGAGGUGGUAUUAUGAAAUUGUAUUCAUCUUGAUUUUUCUUACAAUUGUAAUGAAAUGAUAUAUAAUUCCUCAGUAAACAAAUUUUGAAUUGCAAUGUUCUGCUAAAGUUGUAUACAUGUGUGUCUUCCAUAUACACAGCUGCCUAUGCAGAGUCAUUACCAAGUGCUGUAAAAAUUGUAGAUUUGUGUUGACAAUAGAAAUAUUUUUCCUAAAAAUAAACAUUUAACAAUCUCAGAAUAGCACCCAUGUAUUAUGUAACAAGGUGGUAGUAGUAGCUCUAUACAGAGCGAAUAAGUUUUUCAUUUCUUUUCACAUAAUAUAAACAAUGACAGAUGAUAAUAAACGUAAUGAUAUAACAGAAAUGAGCAUUGAAGGUAUGCCAAAGAUCAUGGAAUUUGAAGGUAGACUGUGUGAUAUACUGUGACAAGCACUAUGUAUUGAACUACAUUGGCCUAUGGAUAGAAAGAAGGAAACAAAUUAUGCAUAAAGAUGAAUUCAUACAAUGAUAAAAUAAUGAAUGGCAUUGGAGAAUAGUAAAAGUAUACCAAGCUAAGGUAUAUUAGAAUAGGUGUUGUUGUCUAACUCUGGUGGAUACGUCAUCGGACUGUGGAUCACACGGUUCGCGGUUCAAGUCCCGCCGCUGCACGAAUAUCCUAAAGCAAGUUAAUUACACUAAAUUUGCCACUAACCACCCAGGUGAAGUAAAUGGGUACUGGCUAGUAAGAAAUUCUUUGAACGCGCUAGUGCCUUUGAAUAUCGGGGCGGCUAAGCUACAGUUGGGGUAUAUUUGUAAAGUAGCCACACAAUAUAAUUGGACAUCUUAUCAUUAUUAUUAUUAAUAUUAGCACAAUAGAUUCAUUAUUUAACAUCAGUAUGUUGUAGUGUUCCAUGAUAUGCGUUCUGUUAAGUUAUGGUUUCUGUUGAGAACAAAUUCAUGAGUUAAAGGUACUAUGUCCCUUUUGCAGCCAACCUCAAAUUCUGUAGAACUUUGCAGGAAUUAUGAAUAUGUCAUGUAUGUCCUAUCUGUGAAAUUUAAAC